GCAAAACGCAGUGUGUUGAAAAAAAAAAGAGAGAAACAGAUUCCUCCAACGAGGUUAAGAAGAACAUCUCAGAGAGAGCCAUGGAGAUUACAAAGACUGAGGGGUUUUCUUUUUUUGGAUGUUUGCUUUUGCUUUUUAUUAUCUGCUGGUGUUGUUGCUUUACAAAGGUCAGCUUAGCUUUGCCAUUGCCAACCACACACACACACACGCCCCUUUGACAUUUCUCACUACAACACUGUUAUCUUUAAUUUGAUUCUUCCCUAUCUAUCUCUUCUACAAAUCCCCUUUUCUAUUUGCUGCUUUUUCAUGUCAUGUAUGUAUCAAUGUCAGUCUUUAUGUGUAUGUAUGUAUGUAUGGUACACUAGAGGGAGGAGAUCAAAUGACAUUGUGUGCUGUAGUCCCUAAAAAUAAAAUAAAAUGAAAUGCUCGGAUUUAUCAUGGAUGAAGAGAAACAAGAAAAAAAAGAUAAACAGUCAAAGAAAACAGGAGCACGCCUAAAGUUAGAAACUUGUACUACUUGUUGGAAAUUAUUACUCAUCAAAGUAAAAGAAGCAUGGGGAAGGAGAGAUUAGAUAGAUUGGGUAGAAGAGAUUAGAUAGAUUGGGUAGAGCCUAGAGAUAUAGCUAGCUAGAGAGAUAGAUAGUGUCACCAUGCCAACAGUGAUGGUACAAAAUUCUACACAGUGUGGAUGAUGAUGAUGGAUGGGCUGCAACUAAUUCUUCUUCUAGUGUAAAAUGGAACAACAACACAAACCAUCCUUUUUCUUCCUUCUUCUUUGGUUGCUUUUCUGGAGAAGGAACCCUGAAUUUCUGAUUCCUUCCCCACUUACUCUCCACUUUAACUUUAGCUUUUGUUUGUCUGUCAACGCAAAACAAAAAGAAGAAGUUUCCCCUCUUCAUCUUCUUCUUUUUCUCUUCUCUUCAAUUCAACUUUACUCUCACAACCCACACGCACAUACACACACACUCUCUAAAAAGAAAUCAAAAGAGAGAGUUGAAAAAAUCACAAACAGUAGUAUAAAAAUCAAAGAUGUGGUUCUCAUUCUUUCUCAAGCAGGAAAAGAGAACCAGUCAAUUAAUACUACUAGUGGUGAGUGAAUUUAGUGAGUAGAGAAGAGAAGAGAAGAAGAAGACUAGUGCAAAUCAAUCUCAUCACCAUCAUCAUCAUCAAACAGCAGCAGCAGCAGCACACUUCUCUGUCUCUCCAUUCGUCAAAUUAACAGAACCUCCUUUCUGGAUCCCACUCACUCAAUUCACUCAUUUCAUUAAUUUGAAAACAGACAAGAAGAAACAAACACCUGCAGGGUUUUAUCAGUUUCAUCGAUUACUUCUUCUUUUUUUUUUCUUCCUCUCUUGUUUUUCACGUCCCAGACUAGUACUAAUACUACUACUUCAUCAUCAACACCAGCAGCUAAUUAGAGAUCACUUUAUUGUUUCAUCUUCUCAUUCAAUUUUACUUUCCGGGUUCCAAGAUUCUUCUCCAAAGAUUUCAUUUUUUCACUCCAUACAGAUUUCUAUCCUAUUCUCUUCAAUACAUAAUCCAGAAGGACAGAAUCAGAAUUCAGAAAGAAGAGAAAUAUGGAAGAGAUGAAGAUUGAGCAAACCCAGAGCAAGAAGAGGAAGUACAAUCAUGAAGAAGAUGAUGAUAUGAUGAUGGGUUUUUCAAUGGAAGAUCAAUUGAAUCAAGAUUUGUUAGAAAAAGUACUUUCAUGGCUACCAACAUCAAGUUUCUACCGUUCACGUUCAGUGUGCAAGAGAUGGAAUUCAGUUGCAGAGUCUGCAUCUUUCAGGCUUGCUUGUCAACAAGUCCCCACCAGGGAUCCUUGGUUUUUCAUGGUUCAUAAUUCUCACCUUGAUCAAUCAAUUGUCUUCGAUACUUCACAAUCUAAUUGGAAACAUCUUAACAACAAGCGGCCGAGGCGUAAUCCAGAAAUCGAACAACAAUCAGAACUUACUACUGAUAGCAGCAGCAGCAGCAGAAAAAAUGAUUUGAUACCUGUUGCAGCUUCAGGUGGAUUGGUCUGUUUCCGGUCAACAGGUUCCGGUGUGUUUUUGGUAUCCAACCCAGUCACCGGUGCUUCUCGAGAGCUUCCUGUGUUGCCUGCAACGGCUCAGAAGCAAAAUAUUCAUGCAAUUGCUAUGAAUUCAUCUUCCAAGCAAUCUUACAGACUAGUACUAGUCUCAGGCGAGCUACCGAAUCUCGCGGUCAGCGUUUAUGAAUCAGGGAAAGAUUGCUGGGAAGAAGAGAUUAAGCUAAAGAGUCAGAAGGCAGAGGGGAAGGCUGCAGAAGGAGGAGAUGAGGAUGAUUCGUCAGAGGCUGCGGGUGGUGGUGGUGGAGAUGAAGUGCUUUAUUUCCUUAGCAAGACUGGAGAUGUGGUGGCAACUAAUAUGCAGAGAAGUCCUUCGAAGCAGUACUCGUCGGUCAUAGCCGUUAAGAAUGGCGAAGAGAUUAUUUACUUUCUCAGCUCAUCUGGAACCGUCGUGGCGUGCAAUCUCGCUAAGGAGACGUUCUUCGAGUACCCAAGGAUGUUGCCAGUUUGUUACGAGUACUCUAUCGAUGUGGUCGAGUGCAGAGGCGAAAUGCUGGUUGUUGUCUUAUCUGAAUUCCUCGAAACUGCAAGCCUCAGAGUGUGGAGAUUCUCCGAAGAAGACAAGGAAGAGAAGGAUCGAACCUGGCGUCAGAUUGCAGUAAUGCCUCCGUAUAUGUCACACGAAUUGUAUGGCAAGAAGGCUGAUAUCAACUGUGUGGGUUCAGGAAAUGAGGAACUGAUGAUAUGCGUGAAUUCGAGCAAGGUUAGCAGGUACCUGAUGUGUGAUCUGGAGACGAAUGGCUGGACUGAAUUGCCGAAGUGUGUCGUGGAUGGAAAGCCGAAGGAGUUCAUGUCUGCAUUCUCGUUCGAGCCUCGAAUUGAAGCUCGUGUAUAAGAAGAGAUUGACUCUGACUCCGAUGAUUUUAAAGAUUGUGUGGAUUGAUCUGUGUUUGUAGGUUUCAAUAACGAUUUAUUAGUUCAGGACUAGUGUGCCGCGGCUAUUCUUAAUUUUUAUUGUUCAUCAUUGUUGCAGAUUGAUUUAUCUGAUUCAUCUACUGGUAAAGCACAAUUUCUUCA